AGUCCCCUGUUUGAGUCAGAUCUAGGGACCAUGCUGUUCCAGGUUCAAGGAUAAAACCCAUCAGGCCCAAUUGCCAUCAUAUUCCACCUUCAGCGCCUUCCUCCACAAUUGGGAUUCACCCCUGCUGAAAAGUGCAGUCUGACAGCAAGGGAACAAAAAACAAACUAUGCUAUCACACAGUGCCAUGGUGAAGCAAAGGAAACAGCAAGCAUCAGCCAUCAGGAAGGAAAUCCAUGGACACGAUGUCAACGGCAUGGACCUGGGCAAGAAAGUUAGCGUCCCCAGAGACAUCAUGAUAGAAGAAUUGUCCCAUUUCGGUAAUCGCGGUGCCAGACUGUUUAAGAUGCGUCAAAGAAGAUCUGACAAAUACACCUUUGAAAAUUUCCAGUACGAAACAAAAGCACAAAUCAAUCACAAUCUUGCCAUGCAGAAUGGGAGGAUUGACGGAAGCAACCUGGAAGGUGGUUCACAGCAAGCUCCCUCAACUCCCCCCAACACCCCGGAUCCACGAAGCCCCCCAAAUCCAGAGAACAUUGCACCAGGAUAUUCUGGACCCCUGAAGGAAAUUCCUCCUGAAAGAUUUAACACGACGGCUGUUCCUAAGUACUACCAGUCUCCCUGGGAGCAGGCCAUUGGCGACGAUCCGGAGCUCCUGGAAGCUUUGUACCCGAAACUUUUCAAGCCUGAAGGAAAGGCAGAACUGCCCGAUUACAGGAGCUUUAACAGAGUUGCCACUCCAUUUGGAGGUUUUGAGAAAGCAUCAAAAAUGGUUAAAUUCAAGGUUCCAGACUUCGAACUACUGCUGCUAACAGAUCCCAGGUUCUUGGCCUUUGCCAAUCCUCUUUCGGGCAGACGAUGCUUUAAUAGGACACCAAAGGGGUGGAUAUCUGAGAAUAUUCCGGUCGUGAUCACAACUGAGCCUGCAGAAGACGUCACUAUGCCAGAGUCAGAUGACUUGUGAACGGGAAACCAGGCAGGCCGCCGAGAGCUCUACACAUAAAAGCUACCGUCUGUCUUCUUAGCGGCGAAGCCAUUUGAGUGCCUCGUCACUGUGGUCAUCCAAUUGCGGUUACGCACAUUUCAUUUUGUGUCGUUCAAUUUGAACUGAACAAUUAAAUUCUGGUUUAAAAAAUCUCUCAA